GUUUUGUCAAGACGCUCACUGUAUUUGGGAUUUGGAUCUGGCCACUUUGCGCUAUCUUGUAAUCUGAAAUAGUAACAAAUCAACGUUCACUUUAGGAUAUACAACAUAGACUUCUUCCCAAAGGAAAGAGAAGAGGAAAUUAGCCUAAUCAGAUAUUACUAAGCCACAGACUUUUUUCUUUUCAAGAUAUCGUUUCACUUAAUUGCAAAUCAUCAUGAGCGGAAACAAGGAUGAAAUGAAUAUGACACAAGUGCUGGUUACUCGGACUUAUAAAUGGGUCAUUGAUAAUUUUAGUGAAGAAGUCAUGAAAGGUGUGCCAAUGAGUUCACACCUGUUCGAGUAUAAAUAUACCUUUGAAAAUAGUAAUAUCAAAAAAACAUACAAAUCGUCCUGGGUACUAAAAUUACAUCCAAAAGGUUUCCAGAAUGAAAAUAAAGAUUAUAUUUGCGCUGAAAUUAUUUUCUUUGAUGACGAAUAUGAAUGUAACUUUCUAGCCAACUAUAAAUUAUCAAUACUGAAAGAUAAUAAUGAGGAAACGAAUUCACAUUAUGCCUCAGUUAAAUUCGAUUUUAGUAAUCUUGUUCUUACUCAUCGUAUAUUUAGAAAGUUCAUAAAACUCGAUUGGAUUUUGAAUAACUUGAAAGGUUUGCUGUCAAACAAUAAGUUGACUUUAUUAUUUAGUAUUUUAAUUCAGAAAGGAGAAAAAGUCAUUUUGACGGAAGAACCAACUUUCAGAAAUCGACUUCAAGUUUCUAAUGAUUUGGAAUGUUUUUACCAGAGCAAAAAGUACAACGAUGUUACUUUUAUUGUCGGCAAAGAAAAAUUCCAAGUUAACAAAAGCAUUUUUGCUGCUCGUAGUCCUGUGUUCUUCUCUAUGUUUAACUUGAAUAUGAAAGAGAAAAAUGAAGGCAAGGUAAAUAUUAACGAUAUUGAUCCCAAAGUUUUCAAACAGAUGGUGAAUUUUAUAUACAGCGGGAAAUUGCAAAAUGAUGAGUUUCUGGAAGAGCUUUACAUUGCGGCUGAUAAGUAUAAUAUCGAAGGGUUAAAAGAUGCAUGCGAACGAUCUUUAUGCAAUAGUAUUCAAGUCGAUAAUGCAAUCGAUAUGUUUCGAUUUGCCGAUUCUCACAAUGUAUUCGACCUCAAGAUUCAAGUUAAGCAAUUUAUUACGGUUCACGCGCCGCUCAUCGUUACAACUAAUGGGUUUCAGAACAUGGAUCCAUCUCAAAUUCAUCUGAUGAAGGAGCUGUAUUGUUCGCUGAUUCAGAAGUAUCAUUAUACCGAUACUAAUCAAUCAACCGGAAAUCCUGGUGAUAGUGACAUCGAAAAUGAAACACUUUAAUUGUCUACCAAUUUUAUGAUAUAAGUGUUAUCGCGUAUUUAACAUUUAAUUCUUAUUUGGUUUCACGUACAUAAUUGUUUUGUUUUGCCGCAUGAAAUAUUUAUAUCGGUUUACGUCGUUUUUGUUGGUAAAUAAAAUAUAUGUGUUCGAGUAAAAUAUCGUCGGAUUGAUCGAUAUAUUAAAGGUUAUUUUUGA